AUGCUCAUGAGGAAAGUGCCCGUCUUCGUCCCGGCCUCCCCGUGGGGGCUGCGGCUGCCGCAGAAGUUCCUCUUCCUUCUCUUCCUCUCGGGCCUCGUCACCCUGUGCUUCGGGGCGCUUUUCCUGCUGCCCAACUCCUCUCGCCUCAAGCGCCUCUUCCUGGCCCCCCGGACCCAGCAGCCCGGCCUGGAGGUGGUGGCCGAAGUCGCCGGCCACCCCCUGGCCCGCGAGCAGGAGUCGCCUCCCAACCCGGCCCCCGCCGUGCCAGCCCCGGGUGAGGAAGACGCCAGCAGCCAAGCCAAUGCCCGGCGCCGGAAAGGGUGGCUGCGGCGCACCCACCCCACCGGGACGCGCGAAAUGGCCACGGCGGCCCGGAGCAGCGGCAGCGCGGCCCUCAGACCCCAGGAGCCGAGCAUUCCGUUUAGCUUUGACUUCCACGCGUUCCAGAGCCGCCUCCGGCACCCGGUCCUGGGGACUAGGGCGGAUGAGAGUAAGGAGCCCCAGAGCCUAGUUCGAGCCCAGCGGGAGAAAAUCAAGGAGAUGAUGCAGUUCGCCUGGCAGAGCUACAAGCGUUACGCGAUGGGGAAAAACGAGCUCCGGCCACUCACGAAAGACGGCUACGAGGGCAGCAUGUUCGGAGGCCUCAGCGGGGCAACCAUCAUUGACUCCCUAGACACCCUCUACCUCAUGGAGCUGCAGGACGAGUUCCAGGAGGCCAAGGCUUGGGUUGAAGAGAACUUCCACCUGAACGUGAGUGGAGAAGCAUCCUUGUUUGAGGUGAACAUCCGGUACAUCGGGGGACUCCUCUCAGCCUUCUACCUGACGGGAGAAGAGGUGUUCCGAAUCAAGGCCAUCAAGCUGGGAGAGAAACUCCUGCCCGCCUUCAACACCCCCACGGGAAUCCCAAAAGGUGUUGUGAACUUCAAAAGCUCCAACAGGAGCUGGGGCUGGGCCAUGGCAGGGAGCAGCAGCAUCCUGGCGGAGUUCGGGUCCUUGCACUUGGAGUUCUUACACCUCACCGAGCUCUCUGGCAACCAGGUGUUCGCAGAAAAGGUCAGGAACAUCCGGAAGGUCCUCAGGAAGAUUGAAAAGCCCUUCGGCCUCUACCCCAACUUCCUCAGCCCAGUGAGCGGAAACUGGAUGCAACACCACGUCUCGGUUGGAGGACUCGGGGACAGUUUUUAUGAAUAUUUGAUCAAAUCCUGGUUGAUGUCGGCCAAGACAGAUGUGGAGGCUAAAGAUAUGUACUAUGAAGCCUUGGAGGCAAUAGAGACCCACCUGCUGAAUGUCUCUCCUGGGGGGCUGACCUACAUUGCCGAGUGGCGAGGGGGGAUUCUGGACCACAAGAUGGGGCACCUGGCCUGUUUCUCCGGGGGCAUGAUCGCCCUCGGCGCUGAGGAUGCCAAGGAAGAAAAGAGGGCCCGCUACCGAGAGCUCGCAGCCCAGAUCACCAAGACGUGCCACGAAUCGUACGCCCGCUCAGAUACCAAACUGGGGCCCGAGGCCUUCUGGUUUAACUCCGGCAGAGAGGCAGUGGCCACACAGCUGAGCGAGAGCUACUACAUCCUGCGGCCUGAGGUGGUGGAGAGUUACAUGUACCUGUGGCGACAGACCCACGACCCCAUCUACAGGGAGUGGGGCUGGGAAGUGGUGACGGCCCUGGAGAAAUACUGUCGAACAGAAGCCGGUUUCUCCGGGAUCCAAGACGUGUACAGUAGCAUUCCCAACCACGACAACAAACAGCAGACCUUCUUUCUAGCGGAGACACUAAAGUGA